AUGGCUGAGAUGAACGCCAAAAUAUUGGAGCUUCAACAAAUGAUGAUGAACAAAGAAAGUGAGGAGAAGGGCAGUUGUUCUGUGAAGAAUGAGCAUUGUGUUGAAGUUGAUGAUGAUGAUGUUAAGGAAGUUCCUCGUGACAAUGUCUUGUCGUUGGUCAAAACACCGAGAACUAAGUCAAAAAAGGAUGUGAAGGAUACAUUGAAGUUGAAGGCAACCGAUGUACCAACGGCAUUAAAGAUGUUGCACAAAUACGCAUGUGUUGCACUCAAUGGUGGUCGCACUAUUCAAUUCACCUUGGAUCCUAAUGUCAUUGGUAAUAAUCGAGAAGUUUUUGUUGAAUUUGAUGAAAUCCACAAAAUGUGUGAAUUGGAGCCUAUCGCAGCAUCGAGCAUUUGUGUCUACAUAUGGUAAGUCUUUUAUAAUUCAUUAGUUAAAAAUAUUUGAUAUUGUUCAUAAGUUUCUAAUUUGCUUGCAAUAAUUUAAAGGCACUUAUACAAGGAG